AUGGGCAACGGGGAUGCGGACGACCAAUCCGUGCGGCAUUUGUCUCAGACAUCGUCUCAUAGCGUAGAAAACACGUCUGCGGAGCCUCUCAAGGGCGCUACAUCGCCUUUGAAAUUGCACCAGCCCAGCGCCCCACAAAUGCCCCAACAAUCGGCGCAGACGCCGGCGGUGCCUGCAGCGAACGGAGACGAGACGCACAGCACACCGACGCAUGCUCAGAGCCACGAAGCUGCAUCAAACCACGUACUGGACUAUGCGGCUGCGGCCCAGUCCGGCACGGCGCCAAAAAGCACACGGGCCCUUUUGCCGCCGCUGUUUGAUAUUCCCAAGGACCCCAUUGCGGCGUCGUCGCGCCCAAUUAGCGAAGAAGCCGUCAUGGCUGUCGAGUCAGCGCUUGGAGAUGAGUCUGCCGAUAAAAACACGUCUGCAUCGCGGCAAGCGUCCCACGGCACGCUUGCGUAUACACGCGCAGACCUCUACCGUUUCCUUGCAUCUCUGCCGUUUCCAGUGCACAAAAUUCUCCCACGCGUUCUUGUCAACUCAGCAGCACGUGUCCUGUUACUGCGGCGCUUGCUUGCGACUGAGAUGGCGUACGAUGUCUUGCUUUUGUUCUGGCGCGGUGUUGUAAACCUUUUCUUUCGCGAAGUCCAGCCGCGCUCUGCGUAUCAAAUUCCGCGCGAAGGUCCCGUCAUUUUUGUCGCGGCACCGCAUCACAAUCAGUUUCUUGAUCCGUUGCUCCUUGCGUCCGAGGUGCGCUCAAACUCGGGGCGCCGCGUCUCGUUUCUCAUUGCGCAAAAAAGUCUAGAUCGCAAGUUUAUCGGCACCAUGGCGCGCAUGUUCCAGAGCAUUCCUGUCAGUCGCGCGGCUGACUAUGCAAAAGCGGGUCGCGGUACCGUGGGCGUGACGGCGGCGGAUGCCACGCUUUUGCAAGGGUGUGAUACUGAAUUUACAAAGCAAGCCAUGGUGCGCGGCCAAAUUUUGCUGUCGAAAGAGACUGAGUAUGCGGCUGCGGAAGUGGUCGAGAUACUGAGCGACACAGAAUUGCGGAUUAAGGCACCCUUUAUCAAUAAUGCAGCGGUGGAACUGCUGCAAAGCCGGCAGGGUGCAGAGUACAAGUGCUUGCCGUUUGUCGACCAACAAAAGAUGUACACCAAGGUAUUUGACUGUCUGUCCGAGAACGGGUGCAUUGGCAUUUUUCCUGAGGGCGGUAGCCAUGACCGCACAGACCUUCUACCACUCAAGGCCGGUGUCGUGGUGAUGGCGCUCGGCGCAAUUGCAAAUAAUCCGGCAUUGAAUGUCAAGAUUGUGCCUGUGGGCAUGUCUUACUUUCACCCGCACAAGUUUCGCUCGCGUGCCGUUGUCGAGUUUGGCAAGCCACUCAGUGUUCCUCAUGGUAUGGUCGAGAUGUUCAAGCGUGGUGGUGCUGAGAAGCGCAAAGCGAUUACCGAUAUGCUCGACAUGGUGUACGAUGGUAUCAAGAGCGUUACUAUACGUGCACCGGAUUACGAGACGCUCAUGGUGAUUCAAGCAGGGCGCCGCCUGAUUAAAGUACCAGGACAGCGCCCGAGUCUGGGCGACGUAGUGCGCCUUAACCGCUUGCUCAUUAUGGGUUACCUGCGCUGUCAAGACCAUCCAUCGGUUGUGCGUCUCCGCAAAGCCGUGCUUACCUACAACGAUCACCUGAAACAAGUGGGAAUUCGCGAUCAUCAAGUCGAGCGUGCGAAUCGCUCUGCAUUUUCAAAUGUGGUGCUUCUGCUUUAUCGCCUCGGUAUGCUCACGGUGUGGACGACGUGUGCUCUUCCAGGCGCGGUGCUCAACGCGCCCAUCAUUAUCCUCGCCAAAGUUGUGAGCAAGAUCAAAGCAAAAGAGGCGCUUGCUGCAUCACAAGUUAAGUUAAAAGGGCGCGACGUGCUUGCAACGUGGAAAGUGCUUGUUUCUCUCGUCGUCACACCGAUUUUGUACAUGUCGUACGCAGGGAUUGCGACUGCAUUCGUGUGGCGAAAGCCCAACGUUCGCCUUAUCCACAAGCGUCUUAUGCCACUCUACGUACUUAUUGGAUUGCCAUGCAUGGCGUACUCGACGCUCAAAUUUAGCGAGGUGGGGAUCGACGUGUACAAAUCGUUGCCACCGCUCCUUUCUUCCCUCGUGCCAGGCAGGCGCAAAGUGGUUGACGCAUUGCAGCAAGAACGGCAAAGCCUUGCAGAGCAAAUGUAUGCGGUGAUUGAGGAGCUCGGGCCGGAUGUGUUUAAUAUGGACGAUAUCCACAUGCAGACACCGUCGGCGAGUGCGCCGCCGCCGGACGAACAGACCCAGGAUACGAUGCUUUUCCGGGGCCGAACUCUUUCGGAGCGCGGAUCGCUCUCGCACCCGCUAACCUUUAUUGACGAACUCGUAUUUGGAUGGGGAAGCGCGAGGCGGCAAAGGGAUAGCGAGUACGAGACCUUGCUUGAUGAAGACAACGUGAAUGAGGCGGAAAUGCAUGACGUUGUACAAGCUGGACUGGACCAGGCUUCGGAGAAACGCCGUCGCCGGUCCAACUCCCAGGACUACCGGCUGCGCCGCUCACCUUUGGCGGAAGUAUACGCAUUUUCCAGCGCGAACAAUAAUGCGACGCCCAAGUAG